UCUCUUCGCCUUGAGCGGGCUGUAUGACAGGGGGAAAGGUGAGAAAGGAAAACAAAGAGCAGAAAGAAAAAGUAGAAAGAGAAGAAAGGCUUUGGGAGAGCUCGGUCUGCCACCUCAGGGCCCAUGGAAUGUGUGAGAAUGCGGUCCUGUGCACGGCGUAACCAGGACGUGCCGGGAGCCAGCCAAUGGCCAGUUACGACGUCCAUGGGACCGCAAACGCAUCCAUCCUUUUGUCGUUGCAAGUGCUCCGUCGGCACCGCCGUCAAAUCAGACAAGAAAGGGCCAAAUGGAAGAACUCACUGGACCAGGCAAGGCCUUGGCCGUUGCUCUAUCGAGAGAAUUCUAUCCUCUGCAUUUAGUGUGCUACUUUGUUUAGCGGGUCUACCGACUCUCCCAUCCUGAGCCAAGGAGCACAUAAUGAUGCAGACAGGCCCUCUUUGAUCUCUGAUGGAGCAUUUUCUCUCCUGUCGAAUUUCCUUCCCUUACCUUUCAAAACCCUCACUCAUUCAUUUCUGAUAGCAUCUUCAUCUUCAAAAAUCCCCG